AAAGCAAACAGAACAAUGAAGGGGAACCAGAGCAGUGUGUCUGAGUUCAUCCUCCUGGGGCUCCCCAUCCAGCCAGAGCAGCAGGGCAUCUUCUUCACCCUGUUCCUGGCCGUGUACCUGACCACGGUGCUGGGGAACCUGCUCAUCAUCCUGCUCAUCAGGCUGGACUCUCGCCUCCACACCCCCAUGUACUUCUUCCUCAGCUACUUGGCCUUCACAGACAUCUCUUUCUCAUCUGUCACAGCUCCUAAGAUGCUCAUGGAUAUGCUGACACAGAGUCUUUCCAUCUCAUAUGCUGGAUGUAUUUCUCAGAUAUACUUUUUCUUAUUUUUUGGGUGUAUUGACAACUUACUUCUCACUUCGAUGGCCUAUGACAGGUAUGUGGCCAUCUGUCACCCUCUGCACUAUACCACCAUCAUGAGUCAGAGCCUCUGUUUCCUUCUAGUAGCUGUGUCUUGGGUAUUUUCCUCUACCAAUGCCCUUGUACACACCCUUCUCUUUACUCGUCUUUCUCUGUUUAAAGACAACAUUCUCCAUCACUUCUUCUGUGACCUCUCUGCCUUACUUAAGCUGUCCAUCUCAGAUACCACCAUCAAUGAGCUAGUUAUCCUCACUUUGGCAGUGGUGGUCAUUACUGUGCCAUUCAUGUGUAUUCUGGCCUCCUAUGGUCACAUUGGGGCCACCGUCCUGAAAAAUCCCUCCAUGAAGGGAAUCUGCAAAGCCUUGUCCACAUGUGGCUCUCACCUCUCUGUGGUUUCUCUGUACUACGGAGCCAUUAUUGGGCUGUACUUUUUCCCUUCUUCUAAUAACACUAAUGACAAGGAUGUCAUUGUGUCAGUGUUGUACACCAUGGUCACACCCAUGCUGAAUCCCUUUAUCUACAGUCUGAGGAAUCGAGAUAUUAAAGGAGCUCUGGGAAACAUCCUCAAUAGACGAAACAUUUUAGUGUGA